AUGAGACCUGAAACAAGAACACAUCACUCCAUUAGAGCGGCCAAAAAGCAAGGUGAGGUCAACAUGGAUGACAAUAUCAAAUUUGUGAGCAAAAUUGAGGGCAAAGCCCUUAAUGGGAUUCAUUCUGAGGCCCACGGACCGACUCAUCCUGACACCAACGCGGAGGAUGAGGAAGCCAUUGAAGAAGAACUUUCGAGAUUGGAAGCACGUACUGGAAACGAUGAGAGCGACGAAUCUAUCGGAGCAAACGAAGCGUCACUCGAGAACAGUAAUGUCGCAGCAGCAGCCUUGGCUGUAGCCAGUGAAGAGGCUACACAACGAGACUCUCAGAGAAACAUCAAAGGUGGUGACCGAGGUGAUAAGAAAGACAGGGAAGAAAGUUGGGUGCAGAAGCAGGAAGUCUCCAAAGGUCAGAAACAGAGUAAGGGCCAGCAGUCAACUGGUAGUGAGGGAGACGUGAUUCCGAAAUACGUUUCCACACCGUUGUACGAGCUUUUUAAAGACAGAAGAUUCACUGUCUAUGGGCAAUCUGCGGCUGCGGAUGAUGUUAGGCAGAUGGUGAAGAACUUGGGAGGUGAGACUGUUUCAGAGGGAACUCGAGGAGCCAUUGCACUUGUCAGAAGUGCCAGCUCUGCCAUUCCUAACAAUGUGCAGGAUGCCUUUUCGUUUGAUUUCGUCUAUUAUGCUCACAGUAAAGGUGUAAUUCCCGAUCUGGAAUCUUUUAAGAUUCGGAAACCUCCAGGUUUACCCUCUAAUUUUAAGAUCAACGUCGGAGAAUUGGCUGCAGGAGGAGAAGCGGGACCUAAGGAACCUCUAGGUGCCAGAGAAACACCGACAACAGGAGCUAGAUCUGAAAAUACAACCAGUAUGGCACUAGAGAAGCAUCUUGAAAAACCAGUGAUGGGAGCUAUGCCACAUUCAGUGUUUCCAACUCCCAAAAAGCGUUCAUCGAAGUUCACGGCCCAGGAAGACGCUGCUAUUCUCGAUCUUAUCCGUAGAAAUCCUUAUCUAAGAUCGACGCAUAGUUUUUAUGCUCAGAUUGCGCAGCUUCCGUUGCUUUCGAACCAUACAGGCAACUCAAUUCGGUUUCGAUUCAGAAAAGUCCUCUCCAAACAGCUGGACUGGGUGUAUAAGGUGGACCCAGAGACCAAUGACAUACAAAUGAACCCAGAGACCAAUGAACCAUUGAAAAUCAAGGAACUUCCAGGCCUUUUGAAAUCUCAAUACACUGCCGAAGAGGAUUACGAUCUCUGCAAAUGUGUCACCGAAUUCCGCGAGAAUGGUGGAGGUAUGACGAGAAAGAGAAAGAUGGACAGUGGAAGCAUUCCGGAGUCGAUUUUCCAAGGAUUGGCGGAGAAGCAUCCUCGACACUCUGCCAUGUCUUGGCGUGACCGUUACAGGAAGUUUGCAUCGGUGUACGGACUGGAGAAAUAUAUAAGCUACUACGAAGAGUGUUUGGCCAGUAACGAGAAACCUUCUCCUAUGAGAAAUCUCAGCUCGAGAUCGGGAUUAAAGACGAGCUCGAAGAGGAGGAGAACUGUUAAAGCCGUAGAUGCUGAAACCGACCUUAACUCUGCCAAGUUGACUGACUCUUCGCAGCAGGUUCCCAUGGAUCUCGGAGCUGUUAAAAUCCAAGAGCUUGCCCGAGCUUCUGUUGAGAGUAAAUCUACAGACGAAAUGAAAGAGAAGAGGGAUGCCAACGGUGGCUCCGAAGUUAAAGGAGAAACGAAAGACGAUAAUGCAACAGGGGCCACUGGUGUUGAGGCAGUUGGAGCGGCUGGAGCGGCUGGAGAUGUUGCUGCUACAAGAUCCACUGGCUCUGAGUCUCCUUCACAGUCUGCCAAUUUAUUUGAAGAUGCAGACGAGAUGAAGGCACUCAACAUUGAUAUUACAGGUACUAUCAGUUCCCAUGGCAGUCUUUUAGGCAAUAUGAGUGUUGAAGCAUUGAGAAAAGCAGAACCACAACCACUGACAGAGAGGAGCAAGGCCAAUUCCGAGGAAAUAUUGAAGGACAUUGAAGAACUGUUUGGGGAUUUCGGCUCAGAUAUCACGUCUUCGGCAGAGUUAUUUAAGACAAUCCAUGAUAAAACCGGACUCUCUGUUGCAUGGAUGAACUACUGGUUUGAUUGUUCUUGUGGAAUGUUCAACGUUUUUAUUGAUGCUGUUCAGAAUUACUUGAAAACAGGCCAAUUAACAAUGGAAGACCACCGUGGCUUUUGGACGGCUGAACACGAUAAGAUGCUCUUAAACCAGCACAAGUUGCCACAACUCUACAAGCUACAUGGAGAGGAUUCCGUCAAUAAGCGUAAGGCCACCAUAAUGGGACCGCCUAACGAGUGA